AUGUCUGCUACCCGAUUCCCAUCUAGACCACGCUCAUCAACCAUGGGAGAAUAUCAGACAGUCGAUUGGAGUGACGAGGCAAUCGAUAGCCCUCUUGAAUUCCUAGGUUGUUGUAGAUGUUAUCGUGAUCUUUCUUCACAUGGUACGAAACCAAGCAAGUGGAAGACAAAGCCCGUCACCUUUUGGUUACUGGAAUGUGGCCAUGUGUCCUGUGCUAUCUGCUUAGGCUAUGAGACCGGACAGCCCAACGCGGAGUACGAACAUCAAUGUCCACUACCUUCAUGCCAAUCAUCGGGGUCAGCUAUCCACGAGCUGAACGCAAACGCGCCCAUUCCUUCGGCAAUUGCUUCCUACCUACUACCCCCACGUGCUCUGGCCGAUCAACUGACAUCGGCAUGGGGUUUUCAAUUCGAGCAAAUGUCUCUUCGAAUCCAAAAUUUACGUAUGCAGGUUGAAAGUCAGCGCAAGACUCUGGAUAGUGCUUUACCUCAGUUACAAAGCUUGAGAGCCUUGCGCGGGGAGCUCGCUGAUCUGACUCAGGUCAAUGAUCAACUUCGAGGCGAACUGGAACGUACGCGGAACGCUCCAUCAGUCCAUAGAGCGUUACUGAAUGAAUCAAGUUCUGCUGCCCGCGAAGGAGGCUACCAGCAACCCAAUGGUCGCCAGCCUCAAAAUUUGCAUCCAGUGAAACGAAGAAAACCAGCAUAUCAAGCGCCCGCAUUCAACUCAGGUUGGCCUUCAGUCAAGAGAGGCGCAUCAAUCACACGACGAAUCAGCGGAUCCAAAUCAAGCGGCGAACGACGCGAACGCACACAACUUGCCAAUUCGGCCACCAAGUGUAGGGUUGGGCGCAGUUCAAAAAGGCCUGAAGUAGGUCGUGAUGAUCCACCUUUAGCAAUAAUUCUAUACUCUAACGCAAGCCCUGGUGAUUCUGUUAUCAGGCGGUAUGCUUUUGAUCCGAAUCGUCCGCCGUCGCGCAACGUCGAACACCCCACGCCGCAGAAGAAUGAUCGCCGUGGAGCAGGUUCUGGGCGGUUCAAGCCACCUUAUCUGAACGUGAUCCCCGAAGACGUGCGUGUUGAGAGAGCCGGCGCAGAUCAUCGUCGAACAAUACCGGAAUCGCGAACCCCGUUGGCAGCGCUGCAGACUGGAGUGCCGCGUUAUCGUCCAAAUGAACAACAAAGACCGGCUACAGUUCAGAAACCAUUGUCGAAAGGCAAAGGUAUCGUCCCAUUGGCGAUCCCUCCUCGACAUCUACAAGCCAGAAACGUAUCACGCCAUCAGUUGCCCAAUACGCUUCCAAAUCACGAAAUCCCUUCCUACAAUCAUCAUCACCAGCCCACUACCAUCCCUCGAGCAAGUAAUCACUCCGGAUUCACCUACCAUCCCGAACCAAACGAAAAGGUGUGGGAUCAAGAGAUGAUUCAGUCAACAUCUAGAUAUAUUCCGCCGUCAACGCCAUCUACUCGGGGUAGAGAAGAAAGCCGAGCUGGGGCUGCAUCAGUUGCUGGUCGCGUGCAAAAUAUAGGUGCACUAAAUCAUCGACUGCCAAUGCCACCAGAUAUUAGCGAUAAGGUAUCACGUGUUCCACGCUUCGGACCUGCAAGGGGUGGUCCAUAA